AAGUCAGAACUAACUCGCUACUUGACAGCGCGCCUUUAAACAGAAACAAGAUAAGCUAUCCAAAUAGUUUGAACUGAUACGACUCAAAAGGUCGUGUCAAGGGUUAAAGCCGCUUUCAGCAUCCUAAGUUAGAAUUGUUCUACAAAACUUUUCCUUGUGAAAUCAUUUAGACAGCAAUCGUGACAUUACGGUACAGGACACCUGCUGUCUUGGGUAGGAUUUUAUUCAGACGACGACGAACGUUCACGAAUGUCAAAAAUGAAGGAUUCGCAAUAUGAAGCUGUCCAAACCGGCGAUAACCACGAGGUGAUCAUUCCAAUGACUGCCCCCUCAUCACAGAAAAUUACAUAUAGUUGGGAAAAUUUGACGGCUUACGUCAACAUGCCAUCCGGUAGUUGCUUUAGUAGCUUGUGCAAAAAAUCGCCACCGAUUCAAAAAAAGAUUUUAGAUAAUGUUAGUGGGGUUAUUCAACAAGGAGAGUUCUUGGCUAUUAUGGGGGCUAGUGGAGCCGGAAAGACUACUCUUCUGAAUUGUUUGACGUUCCGUAAUACGGGAAAGCUCAGCAUUAUUGGAGAAAGAUUCCUAAAUGGUUCUGUCGUUAAUCCUGACUCACUUGCCCGUAUCUCUAGUUACAAUCAACAAAACGACCUCUUUGUUGGUACACUAACUGUUAAAGAGACUCUUCGCUUUCAGGCUUUACUUCGAAUGGAUAAGCAUUUAACAUACGCCGAGCGCAUGAAUCGAGUUGAGGAAGUAAUUGGUGAACUAGGGCUGACCAAGUGUGCAGACACUCUGAUUGGUGAGCCAGAAAGAGCUAUUAAAGGCAUUUCUGGUGGUGAAAAGAAACGAUUGGCUUUUGCUACGGAGAUUCUUACCAAUCCCCAGCUUAUAUUUUGUGACGAACCUACUUCGGGGCUUGAUUCUUACAUGGCUCAAAAUAUCAUUGAGGUUCUUAAAAACAUGGCCAACAAAGGUAAAGUUGUCGUUUGCACCGUUCAUCAGCCGUCAUCUCAAGUGUUCGCUAUGUUCGAUCACGUUUUGCUAAUGGCCGAAGGGCGAGCGGCCUUCAUGGGUCCUACGAGCAAAGCUCUUGAUUUCUUCUCAAGUCAGGGUCUGCCGUGCCCACCGAAUCACAAUCCGAGUGAUUUUUAUAUCCACGCAUUGGCUUCAAUCCCCGGUCAAGAAGAGGAAUCAAGUAAAAAGAUAAAAGAAAUUUGUGAUGCAUUUGAAUCCUCCGAAAUGGGGAAGGAUGUUCUGCAAAUGGUGAAAGAUAAUCAGCCCGUUGCAGCCAACACGAAUGGUGGUGAUUCGGUCUCAACUCCAUCAAACAUUCAAUUCAAACGGUCUCCCUACAAAGCUUCAUGGCCAACACAGUUUAGUACUGUACUUUGGAGAUCUUGGACUACAGUCCUUAGGGAACCACGCGUUCUUCGUAUGAAGGCCGUUCAGACUAUGUUUGUUGCAGCUUUACUUGCUCUAAUUUACAAAGGGCAAACUAUAACUGAUGCUGACGACAUCAUGAAUAUUAACGGAGCUCUUUUCAUCCUCUUGACCAACGCCACUUUUCAGAAUGUUUACGCUGUGGUUAACGUUUUUGCCAUGGAACAACCGAUGUUCUUGCGUGAUCACUUCAACGGAAUGUAUCGAACAGAUGUCUACGUUAUAUGUAAAAUGCUGGCGGAUUUUCCCUUCCAGUUAUUAUACUCUUUUCUAUUCAUCGCUAUCCCCUACUACCCUAUCGGUUUUAAUCCCGACAUCAACAGAUUUCUUAUAACUGUGGCCAUAAUGGUUAUUGUAGCAAGCGUUGCCGCAUCAUUUGGAUAUUUUGUUUCUUGUCUGGCUUCGUCUCCAAAGAUAUCUUCUGCCCUCUCUGCUCCUCUGAUUAUUCCUCUGAUGCUAUUUGGAGGUUUUUUCCUCAAUAAUGGAUCAGUGCCAGUUUACUUUCAAUGGCUACGCUAUAUUUCUUGGCUUAUGUACGGUAAUAGCGCUCUAACAGUCACUCAAUGGCAGGGCGUAACAUUUGAUUCACCAUUGUGCAAUGCGAACCUCACUAUCGCUGGCCAAACAUGUACUGGAGAGGACGUCUUGAAUAGUCUCAACUUUGAACCGAUUUACUUUUACCGCGAUAUUGGAUGUUUGUUCGCACUAAUGUUCGGUUUUCGGUUCUGUGCCUAUUUGGCAUUGCUCAAGAAAACUUCCCGCUAAUACUGAUUAGUCAUGAAAUUAUGUUUUUGACUUGAUGUCACAGUUGACACAUGAUUGCUUCAUUUAAUGGUUUUAACCCUUAAUUUUUAAAAUAAUCAAAUAAACUCAGCGCGACUUUUAAAUUCUCA